CCGGGUUAGUAUCACGAAGGGGUUACUGGGUUUGUUUUCGGCGGGUAAUUAUUUAUUAAAAUCCUGUCUCUGUCCUUUCAUGUAUCCCUGUCUUCUUUAUCUCCUCGGAGGAUCACGAGAGUCUUGUCAUCUGGAAUAUCCGCAUCGGCCGGGGAGGAAUGGUUGAUGAAAGAGAGAUCGCCAAAACCACACUUCAACUGUUGGCGGAAGCCGGAGAGACCAAACUUCAAGAGCAAGAACAGCCCACGAUGCCUUCAGCGACCCUAACAUCGACUCGUCGGCUCGGCUCCGGAGGGAUCCUCAGACCAGCGCCCCAGAUCCCGGAACCGAAACGACCCUCACAACACAUCACUUCCAAGACCUCACCGAGUGAAAGAGGACAUGUGCCAGAUAGCAGGUCAGCGGACCGCCAGGGCUCAUCCGAUGAAGCCCGGGGGCGGCACAAAAACAUCACAGACGAAGAGUACGCGGCGCGACAAUAUGCGAUGCUGAGUGGUCUCCACAGUCAGAGUCCGAGUCUGCCGACACCGAUACCGACAUUAACACCAGCGGCGGCUGCGACGGAAACGAUAAAGAGACUGGGCCCCUUGCCCAUACGAAGAGCUUGGAGAAGCCGGCCCGAAGCGGCGGCAUCAUCAUCAUCGCCCGACGUCUCCCACGCGCCCGUCCUGGAGGCCAUCAUGCUCCACGAACGAGGAGAGGCGCAGAGCCCGGACCGGCAGUGCUCCAAGUGCCGCAAAGGGGAAGGGAUCUCGCCCGAGUGCGUCAAGAUCCCCGGCAUCCACAACGGAGCAUGCAGCAACUGCCUCAUGGCGCGGGCCUCUCUGGGUCCGGGUCCAGGGAUGACGACGGCAUCACCGGCACGGCCGGUAUCAACCCGGAGCUACUCGGCCGAACGGCGGUCCAUCUCGGCGGCCAUCUCCCCGUCAGUGCCGAAAGAGGACCUCAUCGCCGUCUGGAACCUCAUCGCGGGCGUCAUGGCGACGCAACCGCACGGGUGCCUCGUCGAGGACGACGCGUCGGAGCCGUCGCCGCCGCCGCCCGGCAAGAGGAUCGAGGACGCCGCGCGCCUGGUGGCCAGGUCGGCGGACGAGUGGGGGCAUAUCGUCAAGGAGGACGAGUCGGGACCGGCGAAGACGCCCGCGGAGAGGGUCAGGCUCGCCAGGCAGGCCGGUCGGAUCCGCGAGACGGCCCUGCAGAUCGCGGACUGCGCGCGAGACUGGGGCGAGAAGCUGGAGAGGAAGCGGUCAUUCUCGCAGCUGGGGAAGUAAUCCGCGGUUACACAGUACGCAACCAUGAGAACGGGGCCGCGUAUUGAACGAUGUUAGGAGAGGGGUGUUAUUGAUGAAUCGAUGGUAAUACGAAGUAUACGCUUUGCCCGCUGGGGGCAAGAUCCAUGCCACAAGUAAAACCUUGAAAUAUUCUUUCAAGGUAUUAAACCGCACUGAUCCCCAUUGUAUCUCAUCCUAGUGGCCCUUCUUCCCACAAAGU